AUGAUCAAGUACUAUGAUCUUGUUGCUGCUGGAAUCAAAGCAAGGAACGGAUUUGAUGCCUUGCACAUUGCUGCUAAACAAGGGGAUUUGGGUGUGGUGAAGGUACAAAUGCUAGUACAUCCUGAGCUCUCAAUGAGUGUUGAUGUUGCAGAUACAACAACUUUGCAUAGUGCAACAAACCAAGGACAUAUUAAAGUGGUGAAUUAUCUAUUGGAGGUUGAGAGUAGUUUUACCACUAUUGCUAAAAGUAAUGGGAAAACGGCCCUUCAUUCUGCAGCAAGAAAUGGACAUGUGCAAGUGGUGAAGGCCCCUUUGAAUAAGGAGGCGGGGAUAGCGAGCCGUAUGGAUACAAAGGGGCAAAAUGCACUUCACAUGGCUGUCAAGGGACAAAACCUUGAGGUUGUGGAGGAGCUGAUUAGAGCAGACGCUAAGUUGAUAAAUAUUAUUGACAUAAAGGGCAAUACAGCAUUGCAUAUUGCAGCUCGGAAAGGAAGAGCUCAGAAAUUUAAGAUGGAAGGCGAGAGUGUCAUGGAUGAAAAUGGAGAAAGUUCGAAUAAUGUUAUAAUAGGGGAACAUGAAGAGGAUGAAAAUGAGAGCAGGUAUGUUGGAAACAUAGAUGGUGAUACAUCUGGAGAUAAAAAAGAUUCUCCGCGUGGUAAAUCAUCAAAGAGGAGGAAAUAA